AUGGUCCGCCACAAGAAAGACAACUUCUCCCGCGGAGGCAAGAAAUUCUCGAGCCCCCGCCCACGCCCUGUACCCCGCGAUGGGAACGAUUCCGGCUCGGAAAGGCCUCCUUUCAGAGCCGCAUGCUGGGAUCUCGGUCAUUGCGAUCCGAAGCGAUGCUCAGGAAAGAGGCUAAUGAACUUCGGUCUGAUGCGAGAGCUGGCCAUCGGGCAGAAGUUCCAGGGUGUGGUUGUCUCGCCCAAUGCGAAGAAAGUCGUCUCCCCCGCCGAUAAAGAGCUACUAGAACAAUAUGGCGCCGCCGUAGUAGAGUGUUCCUGGGUGAGAGUUAAGGAAGUCCCGUGGUCGCGGAUUGGAGGGAAGUGUGAAAGACUCUUACCCUACCUAAUCGCAGCAAACACAGUCAACUACGGAAAGCCAUGGCGAUUAAAUUGCGUCGAAGCUCUAGCCGCCUGCUUCUGUAUUUGCGGUCACGAAGACUGGGCCCGAGUCGUCCUAAAACCCUUCCGAUACGGCGAGGCCUUCCUCGAAAUCAACGCGCAACUUCUGAAGCGGUAUGCGGCAUGUGAAACAGAAGAAGACGUCAAGCGGACAGAAGAGGAAUGGCUUGCGAAGAUAGAAAAAGAGUAUGAAGAGAGCAGGGCAGGAGGCGCAGAUGACAUGUGGACCGUCGGCAACACGAACCGAAGAUUGCAGCCAGACUCGGAAGAUGACGAUGACACGACUAGUGACGAUGAGGGAGAGAAAGACGAUGAAGACGACGAAGGGGAAGAAGAGAAGGACCCUUACGCUAUUUCUGACGACUCCGACGACGAAGAUCAGAUGGCCGCCAUUCGUGCGAAGAUCCUCAAUUCGAAAUCCUUCCAGAACCCGUCAGUCCCUGAUAAGGUGCAGCCAGAAAGGAUUGAACGGCCGGAUAACGGACCACUAGAAGACUCGGAUGCCUUGUCGGGUACAGAAGGAAGUGACGACGAGGCUUUCGAUAACAUCAUAAACGCCACGCCGGUCACUGAUCGAACAGGCAUUAUAGCUGCAUCAAGACACAAGUCACAAGACACGUUCAGUGCCUCGUUUUCAAGGACCGUUGUCAACGCGCCUAGGAGGGGGUAG